GGGAAGUCUGACAGCGGAGUCAACUCCCAGUUGACAAAGUCUGCUCGGUAAAUUGUUAGCUAAUAUUAUCCAACAAAUAGCUAUUGUUAUUUGGAGAAGGAAACAAUGGAGGUCGACUCAGUGUUCUACACUGAUCGUAGUGGAAGGGUCAGCAGUAACCCACUGUUGGACCAGCUCCCCAGCUACCAGUCCCUGCUGUACCGCAGGAAGUCGUCCACGGCUGGCACCAAGCGAAGGAGCAGCUCCAGAGGGCGCAUCGGCUCCUCUGGCAGUGGGAAAUGGGGCGUGGGCACCAUCAGCAGGCGUGAGGAGAAACAGAAGAGUCAGACGGAGGAGAGACCCAUCAGGGAACUCCCCAGGACCAUGGCCGAGAAACGCAGAGACAACACACAGCGCUUGGAGGAAGAUCGAGAGCUCAGCAGUUUGAAACAGUUGGAGCACAGCACCCGCCGGCAUCUGAGGAGGCUGAGGGACGAUGUUCACCAGUGGCUGGGCUCCCUGAAGCUCUGGAGGGGCGACAUCCACCUCAUAGAGGGGAUGUUCGGCACAGGGAUCCUGUCGUACUUCUCCUUCCUGCGCUUCCUGGUCAUGCUCAACUUGAUCAUCUUUGUGCUCAUGUUCAGCUUCGUCAUGUUACCCAUCAUCAUAGCUCCUAACGUUUCGGGGAAUAUCACCUACAACCUGAAUUUAGGCGAGAGGACACUUUCAACGUUUAUAUUAAAACAAGGCAGGCAUUAGUCUUAUACUUUCCUGUUUUUUGCUACAGGAAGUGAGUGCAGUGUGUAUCCCAGCAGCGCUCGGCGAGGGCUGGUCAUCUUUCAUGAGCACAUUACAGAUCUGCUGUCUGGAGGAGGCUUUCUGGAACAGACUUAUCUUUUCUACGGCUACUACAGAGCGGACAAAAUCCACUUUUCUAAUUCCACUUACAAUUUGCCGCUGGCCUACCUGUUGGUCACCAUAGCCUACCUGUUCUUCAGUCUCAUCUGGAUUGUUAAAAGGUCUGCCACAGGAUUUAAACGUAACCUGGUUCAGGAUGAGGAUCGUUUCCAGAGUUUCUGCAACAAGAUUUUCGCCGGCUGGGACUUCUGCAUCACCAACGAGAACGCAGUGAGGCUCAAGAGAAGCAGUCUGCUCUACGAGCUCAGGACAGAUUUGGAGGAGGAGAGGAUCAAACAGAAAAUAGCAGAUCGAACCCGCAAAGAGAGGUGCCGGAUUUACCUCAUCCGCCUCAUCCUCAACCUUUUCGUCAUCGGUGUGCUGAUGGGUUGCUUCUACAGCAUUUACCAAGCCACCAUCUUCUCCCAGGAAUGCCAGAGGGAUAGUAAAAAGGAUAAUUUCAUCGUGGAUCUCAUCGUUGAGUAUCUCCCCUCAAUUGUCAUCACCUUGGCUAACUUCAUCACCCCCCUCCUCUUCUCGGCUAUAAUAAAUUACGAGGACUACUCGCCUGCCUUCGAAAUCCGCUUCACUCUCAUGAGGUGUGUCUUCAUGCGGUUGACCAGCAUCGGGGUUCUGCUCUUCUCUCUCUGGUCUCAGAUCACUAAAUGUGAAAAUGAGCCAUGCCUGUGUGGCUAUAACCACGUGCUUUACUCUUGUUGGGAGACCCGCGUUGGACAGGAGAUGUACAAACUCACCAUCUUUGACUUCAUCAUCAUUUUUGCAGUCACCGUCUUUGUGGAGUUUCCCAGAAAGCUGAUAGUGCAGCACUGUGACUGCGGCCUGGCGAAGUGGUUUGGCCAGCAGGAGUUUGCCAUCCCUCAGAACGUGCUGGAGAUCGUCUACGGUCAGACCAUCUGCUGGAUCGGCACGUUCUACAGCCCGAUGCUGCCUGCCAUCUGCACGAUGAAAUACUUCUUUAUCUUCUAUAUUAAAAAGGUGUCUUUGAUCAACAACUGCCGUCCAGCCACACGUCCAUUCCGAGCCUCCAGCUCCAACUUCUUCUUCCUGGUGGUGCUGCUGAUAGGCCUGGCUCUGGCCUGCCUGCCCGUCUCUUUCAGUGUGGCACAAAUAAACUCUUCCCAGGCCUGUGGACCAUUCGUUAAUUACACCACCUCCUGGGAGGUGCUGCCAAAUACAGUAUCCGAGCUACCCCAUGGAAUCAAAACCCUCCUCUUCGCUCUCUCAUCAGAGGCCUUCGCUGUCUCCUUCUUUGUUGUCACAUGUUUGAUCAUGUUUUAUGUGAUUGCACUAGCUGGAGCUCACAAGAGAGUUAUUAACCAACUAAGGGAGCAGCUGGUAGUGGAGGGCCGUGACAAACGUUUCCUGAUCCAAAAGCUGUGCCAGGCCCAGAGGCUCUCGGCUAUCAAAUCCCCGGGGUCCAAAUCCCAGCCCCGCAGCCCCAGCUAUCACACCAGCUUCUCCAACAAUUUCAAUGAAAGUGUGUUCCUGGCACACUCACCUCCUGACUCCUCCACACAUCAGCUCAGCUGGUACGGAACCGGAGGCAGCGUGCUGUUGCUUGGUUGGUUCAUCGAGAGAUCAGUUCCGAAAAUGUUGAGAAUUACAAUCCGGGCAGACGUGGGAGCCAUUUGGGUGUUAUUAUGUAUCACCUAUUCCCAGUUUUUGACAGUUUCCUCUGAUGACAUAGUGGUGGCAUGCGGGGGAUUUGUGAAAUCCGACGUGGAGAUCAAUUACUCUCUGAUCGAGAUUAAACUGUACACCAAACAAGGAUCCCUGAAAUAUCAAACGGACUGUGCUCCAAUCAAUGGCUACUUUAUGAUCCCCCUGUAUGACAAGGGGGACUUUGUUUUAAAGAUCGAGCCUCCUCUUGGAUGGAGCUUCGAGCCCACCAGUGUCGACCUCCAUGUGGAUGGAGUGAGUGACAUUUGUACAAAAGAGGAAGACAUCAACUUUGUCUUCACUGGCUUCUCGGUCUCAGGAACGGUUCUCAGUAAAGGCCAUCCCCUGGGUCCUGCUGGAGUAGAAGUGAAACUCACCCGAGUGGGAACAGAGGAGAAACUCCAGAGCGUCGUCACAAAGCCUGGAGGAAAGUACACCUUUUUAAAAGUACUCCCUGGAAAUUAUGACAUCACAGCUUCCCAUCCUUCUUGGACUCUGGAGCAGAGAGCCACCUCAGUGGUGGUCUCCAAUGCCAACGCCCCCGCUGCCGAGAAUCUGGUGGUUGGAGGCUACGACGUCUCGGGGGAGGUCCGCAGUGAUGGAGAGCCCAUGAAAGAGGUCACCUUCCUCCUGUACUCGGCCACAGUCAAGAAAGAGGACGUCGGCGGCUGUAACACAUCCCCAGUGGAGGGGGCAGAUCCUGGGGACAGCUCGCUGCUCUACCUGUGCAGCGCUCUCUCCAGGGAAGAUGGAACCUUCGUCUUCCUCUCGCUGGCCAGCGGCGUGUACACCGUGGUGCCCUUCUACAGAGGAGAAAGGAUCACGUUUGAUGUCGCUCCUUCCAGGAUGAAUUUCAAAGUGGAACACAACAGUUUGAAACUGGAGCCAAUCUUCCGUGUCAUGGGCUUCUCUGUGACGGGCCGAGUUCUCAACAGUGAUGGGGGGGAGGGCGUCCCUGAUGCCACAGUGUCCCUCAACAACCAGAUCAAAGUCAUCAGCAAGGAGGAAGGCUCUUUCCGCCUGGAGAACAUGACGGCUGGUACCUACACCAUCCGUGUCACCAAGGAGCUCAUGUUCUUCGAGCCAAUCACAGUGAAGAUCGCCCCCAACACACCCCAGCUUCCUGACAUCAUCACAGCAGGGUUCAGUGUGUGUGGCCAGAUCUCCGUCAGCCGCCUGCCUGAGGGCAUGAAGCAGCAGGGCCGCUACAAGGUCACCUUGACUCAGCAGGGCCAAGACAAGGCCUCGAGCAAGACCGUGGACUCAGACCCCCAGGGGGCCUUCUGCUUUCAGGCCAAACCCGGAGACUACAGUGUCCAUGUGUCUCUCCCCGAGGCGGAGGUGAAGGCAGGGCUUGCUCUGCAGCCUCAGGCCCUGGAGGUCUCCCUUGUGGACCGGCCCCUCACAGACCUACUCUUCACCCAGUUCAUGGCUUCUGUCACUGGGAAAGUCUACUGUCUAGCGUCCUGCGAUGACCUCUCUGUGACUCUGCAGCCAGUGAGUCGGCAGGGAGAGAGGCGGACGGUGGCUCUGUCCGGCAGCAACGACAUCCUCAGCUUCUCCUUUGAGGACGUUUUACCGGGGAAAUACAAAGUGAGUAUUACUCACGAGGAGUGGUGCUGGAAGCAUAAGUCCAUGGAGGUGGAGGUGCUGGACUCAGACGUGGUGGGGGUGGAGUUCAGACAGAUUGGCUACAUCCUGCGCUGCUCCCUCUCCCAUGCUAUCACUCUGGAGUUCUUCCAAGAUGGCAGCAAACCCGAAAACGUCGGCGUGUACAACCUCUCUAAAGGAGUCAACCGCUUCUGCCUCUCAAAGCCUGGUGUUUACAAAGUCACCCCUCGCUCCUGCCAUCAGUUUGAGCAGGACUUCUACACGUACGAUACCUCGGCCCCCAGCAUCCUGACGCUCACUGCAGUGCGCCAUCACAUGACCGGGCUCAUCACCACCGACAAGAUCCUGGACGUCACCGUUACUAUCAAAUCGUCUAUUGAGAGUGAGCCGGCCCUGGUGCUGGGGCCCCUGCGCAGCCUGGAGGAGCAGCGGCUGGAGCAGCAGCUGCAGGAGAUCACGCUGCGGCGCCAGGAGAGAGAGCGCCGCGCCGCCGAGGAGGAGGGAGGGGCCAGGGACGACAGCCCCCCCAUCCAAGAGAAAGCCGACGACCUGACAGGCCCCUUCCACUACGAGUUCUCCUACUGGGCAAGGGCUGGAGAAAAGAUCACAGUGACGCCCUCAUCCAAGGAACUGCUGUUCUAUCCUCCAGAGGUAGAGGCCACCAUUACUGGAGAGUCGUGUCCGGGUCGUCUGGUGGACAUCGCAGGGCGAGCCGGGCUCUUCCUGGCGGGCAAAGUGUCUCCAGAGCUGCAGGGUGUGGAGAUCUCCAUCACUGAGAGAGGAGCCGCUGCACCGCUCAUUACUGUGGGCACCAAUGAGAUGGGAGCAUACAGUGUGGGUCCGCUCCACAGCGACCGGCAGUACGACAUCAGUGCCAGCAAAGAAGGCUUCGUCCUGAGUCCUGUGGAGGGAACCGUGGGAGACUUCAAGGCGUUCGCUCUGGCUGGAGUCACCUUCAAGAUCAGAUCAGAGGACGGUAUUCCCCUUUCAGGUGUCCUCCUGUCUCUGAGUGGGGGACAGUUUCGCUCCAACCUGCUGACUCAGGACACCGGCCUGCUCACCUUCAAUAACCUGAGUCCCGGUCAGUACUACUUCAAGCCCAUGAUGAAGGAGUUCCGCUUUGAGCCGGCGUCUCAGAUGAUCGCAGUGGAGGAGGGUCAGAACCUCAGUAUCGAUAUCACUGGCAUCAAGACCGCUUACAGCUGCUACGGAGCCGUGCAGUCUCUGAGCGGGGACGCAGAGAGGGACGUUGCCGUGGAGGCGGUGGGACAGGCAGACUGUAGCAUCUACAGCGAGGACACUGUCACCGAUGAAGAGGGGCGCUUCAGACUCAGGGGUCUGCUGCCGGGUUGCAAAUAUCUCAUUCAGCUGCGAGCUGAAGGCAACGACCACAUAGAGAGGGCCUUACCACAAUACAGAGCAGUAGAGGUCGGCAGCAAUGACAUUGAAGGGGUCAACAUCAUCGCCUUCAGACAAAUCAAUCAGUUUGACCUCAGUGGAAACGUCCACACGUCCCCUGAACACCUCGCAACACUAUCGGUGAAGCUUUACAAGAGUGACAACAUGGACAACCCGAUCAACAGCAUCUCUCUGGGACAGUCCCUCUUCUUCAACUUCCCUCCGCUGGACAGAGAUGGAGAGAGCUACGUGCUGAUACUGCACUCCACGCUGUCCCGCUUCCAGUUUGACUUCACUCUGCCUCAGGUCACCUUCACCUCCAACGGUUACCACAAGCACAUCACACUCACCUUCAACCCCACUCGUAAAGUGCCUGACCAGGAUGUAGCCCAGGGCUCGUACAUCGCUCUGCCCCUCACCCUGCUGCUCCUGUUGGCAGCAUACAACCACGAGAAGGUAAUCCCCCUCCUGCUACAGCUGGUGAACCGUAUCCAGGGAGUGAGGAGCAUGUCCCAGGUCAGCGCGGACAACGCUGCUCUGGACGAAGCCAAACGUCAGGCCAAGAGACAGAAGGCCCGGCGCACAUAAGGACCCAACCACGGCUCACCUCAGACCACAUCUUUGCCCACUAAAUAUUCCACUUGCAACCAUGGUUACUGCCUGUUUACGGAGGGUUGGCUCACAGUAGAUUCCAGUUAACAAGAUAAAUGCCCCAGGAUGCUAGAGAAAUAUUGGGUGCGCUAAAGAUGUGAUUUGACCCCGUGUGAAGACCAACAGAAACCACUCGAUGCGCAUCAGAUUCACUGGACUGAAGUUUUACAGGUUGUUUUCCUCCAUUGUUUCCACAGCACUCAUUGUCUAAAGAAAAUUGUUAAUAUUUGUGAUAGAAUAUGAGCCAUUUUUAUACCUUUGUAAUUUAUCUAGGUCAACGAAAAUCAUUUGCUUAUGUUUUGAAGGCACUUGAAUGCUUUUGAUAUCAGUCUUAACAGAGUUUAGGACACCAGGGAUGGUCACGUGUGUCACCUAUCAGCGUUUGGGUCAAUUCAGACGAAACACAGGGGUAUUUACACACUGCAGUGACAAAGAGGAUAUUUAAACCGUCUACUUUAAUAUUACCUUUUUAUAGGACAAAAAAAGGUCAAUAUAAUUUAGAGCUUGUGAAAUGAUUGUGAGAUCUACAUCUAGAAAUAAACCCUUGUAUUUAUUUUCAAAUUUCAUUUACUCUAAUUAUGCUUAUUGGCCCUUAUUUGUCCCCGUUGUCAAUAAACUCAAUCGAGCUGAAUUGACUUAAAUAAUUCCAUCACAAACAUGGGAUUGUGUAACUGUUAACUAUCAUCAAAAGACAGCCAAAGACGUGGACAAGCUUCAUACCAUUGUCCGUCAUGUUAUAUAUAUUUAAAAAAGAAAACACGAGUUACUGCCAUGCACUCCACCUCUUAUAUGUUGUUUAGCGUGACGCAAGGUCGACUUUUUGUCCGUUUCAGCUCAGGAAAGCGGUGGUCGAUAGAUGCUGGAAAUUUGGGUUUGAAUAGAACAUUUUGUUUUUUUCGGUGGGUGGGUGGGUUGGUAGGGCGCUAUAGCAGAUAACAGAUAGUUGAUUAAUUUAUUAACAUAAUGUCUAAUCAGAUGUGAAUGAUUACUUAGUUUGUGUGCUGGGGAAUGCCUCUCAGAAGUGUUUGUUUUUUCAAAUGAAGUGUUUUUUUUUUAAAGAGCUUCCUUAAUUUCAAGAAGACUGACAUCCACAUACCGUAGAGAGCUACGACAGAAUAUCAUAAGCUCCUUGUCUUACCGCUGAGCUUUGUAAUGCACUGUGAAAAUGAUGGUCCCCAAUCAUUCUUCUGUAUUUAAUUCAUCGGCUCUCAGUUGUGUUCCUGAAAGAUGAAAAGGCCACUGACUAUUAACUAAAAGAUAUUCCAAUUAGUCUUUAUUAAGGGGGGGAGUUUAUUUGUCAUAUUUGAGCAGAAUCUGUAAAAAAAUGUUGAGAUAAUGAAUAAAGUUAUGGAAGGUUGUGAAA